CUCCAUGUUCUGUCUCUUUGUCUUCCUCUUAUCUUUUUAAUCAAAUUUUCAUUUUCGUAUUCAAAAAAUCAUUGUCAUCAAAUGGUGUUUAACCUGUUUCGAUGCUCUUGCUCUUCUUCCCCAGAAGGAUUCAAGAAAUAAAUUUUAAAAACAGAGAGCAUUAAAACAAAUUAUUUAAGAAAGAUCCGAUUUUAUAGGAUUUGUGUUUUUAUUUUUGUUUUUUUUGGGAUUUGGUUGUUAAUGGAAAUGGCGUCCUCUGAGGUAGAAUUGUCGUCACGCCGAACUUUUAACUGCGUCUUGAGUCGCCCUCACGAGAGAUGCACCCGAGGAGGAGACAACAACAAUAAUAAGAACAACAAGAAGAACAUUAACAAUAACAAUAACAACAAUGUCAGAAACAUACACGUCGCCUACGAGAAGAAUCUCAAUGUUUUUGUCAGAGAUCAUCUCGAUAACUGUAGCUCUGGUGAUUGUGAUGUUGUUGAUGAUUCCACCAAAGCCGUUCCGGAAUGUUCUUCCAACAAAUCCUCUGUUUCGGAUCAUCGGACCACGAAAACAGAGGAAUCUCGUCACGAUGUCCCUUCAUCGUCUUCUUCUCUAGGAUCCGACACGAAUUUGUAUUCGGGUCAACCCGAGAACCCGUCAAGAAACGAGACCAUGGCUGCGUCUUCUCUGGUUCAGAUAUGGGAGGCCAGGACAACGCAGCAUCCACCAAGCUUGAACCAAUCCCUUAUCGAUAGCAGAACGAGUUCUUUGGGAUCAAACGCGUUAGAUAAUUCUGAUUCUCUCAACGACGAGUCCGUUAAAGAAUCUGAAUUGAUUCAGCCGAUUGAAGAAGGUAACAAUGAGGAGGAGGAGGAGGAAGAGAUUGGUGAAUGUGUAUCACAUUUUAUCCUUCCACCUCCAGAUUCUGGAGAGAAAGAUAGAGAAGGUGUCAGAGUUAUGGAUAUUAUUCGGAAACUAAGCAAUGACUCAGAAACAAUGACGAAUAACGACAAUGGCAACGACAAUAGUAAAGAAGUUCAGACAACAGAAGCUAGAUGUUUUCCUCAGGUUUCUUGUUCCCCAAGAAUAAGAGGAAGACAAGCAUUGGCUGAUUUAUUGGUGCAGAUGAUGCGUGAUCGAGAAAAGGAGCUGGCUGUUUUAUCAGAACGCCAUUGUGUUUCAAAGUUCACACAUCGUGGCCGGAUUCAGUCGACGCUUAGGAUUCGAUGUUUAGAAAGGUGCAUUGCAAUUCAAGAUAGACACCGAUGUAAAUCAUCUUCUGGAGGAUCUGAUUUAAACCGGUCGCCUCGAGGUUCUGGUGUGAUGCAUCUUCUCAGGGAGAAAUAUAAGGCAAAUUCUGAGAAUACUGCGACUGGAGCUUCAUCUAGUACUCUGUCUUCUCGUGGUCAGAUUCUGGAUAAAGAUCCUAAUAAGGCUAUAGAGAAGAAGGUUCUGCAAGAAAAAAUAGAGAAUAGUAAUUUAAAGGAGAGUCAAGAAGUGGUUUCUGCGGUUCAGAAGACGAAGAAAGCUGUCUUGAGUGAGAUUGCAGAGAAUAACAGUGGUUUAAAGAAAUCCGUAGGAGAAGCUACUCAGAAGAAAACUACAGAAGGGAGAGGCGUAAAGCUAGAAACUAAGGAGAAGGUUGUUGCCAAAGAGAGUCCUGAAGAAAAAGGCCAGAGGCGAGAAUUAGCAAAGGAGAAAGCUGUUGCUAAGGAAAUUGUGGAAGGGAAGGCUUUGGUUGGUAUAGCUGAGAAGGUGAAUAUAUGGAACUCAGAGGAGAAAAUGAAUAGGAGAAAAGGGGUGGAGAAAGGUAAAUUUGAAGGCAAAGUUAAUACAGAGAGAAUUGAGAAAAAUGAUGUAUUGGAAGAAGCUACAAGAAGAAUCAUUAAUGUCGAAAGUGCGGAAAGAAGCAUUACUGCUACUUCAAAAGAAACAAUGAUACCGCGGUUUGAGUUUGCAGCGAAAGUAGUAAGAAGAAAGGAAAAGGAAGAUUCUGUUUCUCUGGAAUCUAAGUCCAAAGAAAUUGAAGAUAGAAACAUUAAACCCCAAGAAGAUAAUUGUUUGCGUAAACCGGGAUCAGAGGAAACAUUUUUGCGGGAAACAAUGACAAAGAGUGAUUUAAAGAAACCUAUUGAGAAAGAAAUUGGAGACGGAAGAGGCGAUAGGCGAGAAAUGGAGCAAAGUGUAGAAGGAAACACUUUGAUGGGGAUAGCUGAGAAGGUGAAUCUGUGGAACUCCAAGGAGAAAAGGAAUAGGAGAAAAGUUAUGGAGAAAGGUAAAGGUAAAGGUAAAAUCGAAGGCAAAGGGAAUACUGAGACAAAUGAAGUGUUGCAAGAAGCUUCAAGAAGAAUCAGUAAUGUCGAAACUGCAGAGAGAAGCAUUGCUACUUCAAAGCAAACGGUGGAGAAGAAAGUUAUUGGCAACAAAGAAAUGAUGGAUAAUAGAGAGAGUAGUGGAGAAGUAACUACAAAGAAAGAUUUGGAUUCUGUAGAAGCUAAGUCCAAAAAGAUUACUGAGGAUAAAAAUAUAAAUCCACAAGCUGUGAGUCAUGUCUCUAGAGAGAGGGAUAUAAAGAAGAAUCCUUCACAACGCAGUGAAGAAACUUCAAUUCCGCGAAACUCAGAACCUAAGUCCACUAAAGAGAUUGAGGGAAAGAAUUCUCAAGAACUUUCACAAGAAGGAGAAUCAAAGGGUCAUGGCUAUAGAGAGAGGGAUAGAGAGAAAAACUCUUCACAACAAGGUGAAAAAUUGUUGAUUCUUCGAAACUUGGAAGCUAAAGAGAUUGAUGGAAACAAGUAUGAAGAAGUUACACAAGAAGAAGUAUCUAUUAGAGAAGGCUCUAAAGAGAGGCCUAAAGGGAAUAAUUCUUCACAACAGGAUGAAGAUAUGUCUAUUCUUCUGAAUCCAAAUGUCGAAAACAGCGUAAAAGAAUUAGAAGAUGAAGAAAACAAGAUGGUAGAACGCGAGGAAAAGGGAGAUAACAUCAAAGAAGCAGCAGUAGAGUUUGUAAAUGAUUGGGAUGAAAACGAAAUGGGAGAAGAAGAGGAAUAUGAAGAUUACGAUCUUUACAUUGGAGAUAAUAUGGAUGACUGGAUUCAUGAUAUAUCGCGGCCUCGAAGUUACUGGGAAGAUCUAAGGAAAGAAAGGUAUCUUGAGGUUCUCAACACUGAAUCAGAUAAAAAAGAUAUUUGCAAUCUCAUUCAAAGACGAACAGUUUCCGACUUUUUGACGAGUGAUUUGCGACAAAAGAUCGAUAAUUUGAUGAUCAGUCGCGUGCAAAAUCACAUACGCGUACCAAUCAAUCAAGUAAAAAAAGAAGACGAAGAUGAAGAUGAAGGCGAAGAAGAAGAGUGGGUAGCUGAGUGUUCAGCAAGGAACCAAGAAGAUAAUGAAACAGAGGAAGAACCAGAGAAGGCAAAUCUUGAAGCUGCAAGUGACGUGUGCAGUCAAUCAUCAGUAAGGAGUAGUACCAUGAUGUCAUGGAGUUUUAGGGAUCAAGACAUUGACAAAGAGCACGAACCGGCCACUACUUUGUCUCUUCCUGAAUCUUCAGCCCCCACAAACCAAUCUGAAACGCAGACGAUAAGUGAACUAAGGAGUCAAAUGGAGCAACUUCAACGAGAAAUGCUCGAGCUACGAAGUUCAGUUAAAUCUUGCAUCGAUAUGCAACUUCAUUUCCAGAAAUCUGUAACUCAAGAUCUUUCUCGUUCAGGCUCAUUGGUUGAAGAAGGAGUAGACUCAAAGAAAGAUCCUUUGAAACGCAAGUGUUGCAUUUGCUCUGAGAUGCCUGUUGACUCGCUCUUGUAUAGGUGCGGACAUAUGUGUACGUGUCUGAAGUGUGCUCACGAAUUGCAAUGGAGCAGUAAGAAAUGUCCGAUCUGUAUGGCUCCAAUCGUCGACGUUGUGAGAGCUUUUCUUGACUCUUAGGAUUUGAAGAAACCAAGACAAAUACUAUUAGUUUCUCCAAUUAAUUUGAAAUUUGACGCAUCUGAAUAUGUAUAGUGUUUGCCAUAUUGAGAUCGUUUAAAAGCAGUUCUGUUCCGAUACAAA